UCUCUCUCCCUUUUUCUCUCUCACACAUACACACACUCACGGCUACGUGUUUCUUAUCGCUCACAUCAACCAAAGCACUCUGGCUCGGUGGGAAAUACGAUGGAGUAGCAUGCGCGCUUUUGGGCACUAUUUCCCAUUUUCUUUCAUGGAUUACUAUCCUAUCUGGAAUAUUCAUUCAUCGCACGCAGACUGAUCUGGAGUAGUCCCAGGAGGCGGAGUCACCACCAGGAGGCGGAGUCACCAUGGCAUCAGACCACACCCAGCGCAGCUACUCAAUCAUCCCCUGCUUCAUUUUUGUAGAGCUAGUGAUCAUGUCGGGGACAGUUCUGCUGGCCUACUACUUUGAGUGCACCGACCUGUUUGGGAUCCACGUCCAGGGCUUCUUUUGCAACGAUGCCGAGCUGAUGAAGCCCUACCCUGGUGUGGACGAGAGCAGCUUCAUCCCUCCCCUCAUCCUCUACUGCGUGGUGGCCGGCGCCCCCACCGCCAUUAUCUUCAUCGGCGAGGUGUCCAUGUAUGUGAUGAAGUCGACCAGAGAGGCAUUACUGGCCCAGGAGAAGACCAUCGUGACUGGAGACUGUUGCUACCUUAACCCCCUCAUACGACGAGUCAUCAGAUUCAUAGGCGUGUUCGCGUUUGGCCUGUUUGCGACGGACAUCUUUGUGAACGCGGGCCAGGUGGUGACAGGGAACCUGGCGCCGUACUUCCUGACGGUCUGCAAGCCCAACUACACCGGCUCAGAGUGCCGCUUCAACCACCAGUUCAUCGCCAACAGCAACAUCUGCACGGGGAGCCCGGCGCUGGUGGAGAAAGCCCGGCGCUCGUUUCCUUCCAAAGACGCUUCGCUGAGCGUCUACGCAGCCGUCUACGCUACGAUGUACAUCACCAGCACCAUCAAGACCAAGUCCAGCCGUCUGGCCAAGCCUGUGCUGUGUCUAGGCACGCUCUGUGCCGCCUUCCUUACUGGGCUGAACCGUGUGUCCGAAUACCGGAACCAUUGCUCUGACGUGGUGGCUGGCUUCCUGUUGGGCAGUUCCGUGGCGCUCUUCCUGGGUAUCUGUGUGGUGAACAACUUCAAAGGCACCCACGGCCCACCCGCCAAGCAGAAGAUGGAGGACUACCGCGGCCUCCCCCUCAUGACCUUCCCUCGUGUAGAGAGCCCUCUGGAAACCCUCAGUGCACAGAACCACUCGGCAUCCAUGACAGAAGUCACAUGACUAAGGGGGCAACACAGGGUGACGUUCGCGUCCCCUCAGCACCUCUAGGCACAACAACGAUGAAGAUGAUGACACGACGGUGUGUUUUUGUACUGUGUCAUGCUGUAAAAAGGACAGUAUUCUGGUGUUCCUAGUUAGAGGCCCAUGUUUUGUACAUUUUGUAUGAGCGAAUGCUGUAGUCCACCCAGACGUCAGGUGAUGCACAUUCCCUCAUGUUUGACAUCAUAGUUAGUAUAUACAGCUGCCGGCAAUCUAAUGGUGUCGACAUAUCGAUGUUGUACUGUUGUAUUUGUACCAAUCCCUUUAUCCAGUUCAUUUUUUUCUGUACAUUUAUUGACUAAAGUCCUAUUUUGUAUAUUUUUGGUUAAACACUGACUAAUAUUUGCCUGCUCUUCUCCAGGAAUGUUUUGAUAUUUUUUUUUAAGUUUCAGUGUAUAAAGAGGGGGGCAGAGCCCCCCCCCCCCUUCCCCCUGCAUUGGCACGGUAACACAGUGUUGUGUUUGUGUUCCUGAGACUGACUGACAUGGACAUCCCAGCAUGCAACUUCACUGCAGUCUCUAUAGAAACAACAAAAAAAACCUAAUUUGUACAUUGUCUUUCUUUAAGAAUUGCGUUUCUGUUGAAAUGCUGCAUAUAUUUUUCUUGGUUUGUCCACAAAAUAAAUAGUCAGUAGCAAACUUACUGUAUAAACC